AUGAAUGGCACAAGUCUUUUGCUUUUUAUUUGUCUCGUCACAUCGUUGGCAUCUUUGGCCGUGAGUUUCUUUGCGACUCCUGUUGUCAGGACGCCCAGUGGACCAGUUCGUGGUUUGGUGUUGCGCACAGUGUGGCACUCGAUCGAGUAUUCAUCGUUCAAAGGCAUCCCUUAUGCGGAACCGCCCCUCGGCGACUUGAGAUUCAAGCCACCAGUUCCAAAGAAGCCAUGGAGAAAUGUGUUAUACGCUUUCAAAGAGGGCAGUAUGUGCCCUCAGUUGAAUCUGAUGACGAGUGAAUUAGGAGGUCACGAGAAUUGUUUGUACCUGAACGUGUUCACUCGCGAGGUGGAAUUUAAAGAUAAACUGAAAUUAAGGCCAGUUAUGGUUUGGAUGUACGGUGGUGCCUAUUUCACUGGAUAUAGUAAUACGUCUGUAUACGGACCCGACUUCUUCAUGGAAGAAGAUAUCGUUCUUGUUAGCUUCAAUUAUCGACUUGGCGUUUUGGGAUUUUUGGCGUUGGAUCACCCCGAUGCAAUGGGCAACGCCGGUUUGAAGGAUCAAAACUUGGUUCUUCACUGGGUGCAAAGAAAUAUUGCCGCGUUUGCGGGCGACCCGAAGCGAGUGACAAUUUUUGGGGAAAGCGCUGGCGCCACUUCUGUCGGUUUUCAUACGUUAUCAGAACGAUCUAGAGGACUGUUUCUCCGAUCGAUUAGCAUGAGUGGCACACCUCUGUGUCUUUGGGCGUACCACACGCCGGAGAAGAUGAUUCAGAACGCUUACAAACUCGCCAACCUACUUAAUUUCGUACCAAAGAGCAAGGACGACUUGUUAAAUUAUUUUCGCCAAGCACCCGCGUCAAGUCUGGUAAUUGCAGCGCAAAACGUCGACCUGAACUUUUUGCCAUUUCGACCGACCAGAGAAAAUCCCGAGAUCGAUUAUACCAAUAGCACGUUCCUAACGGAAUGCCCCAUAACGAAGUAUAAUAACGGAGACUUUCAUCAUCACGACGUGAUGUUAGGUUACACUCGCGACGAGGUUCUACUGUUUUUAGGCCCUCCAAUCGGAGUGGCGAACAUGAUCGAUUGGGCCUUAAAGUACGUGAAGCACGCAAGCAAACUCAAGGAGAUAACUAAAGAACCGAUAGACUUAUUCGCGCGCACCAUUAGCGAUUUAUACAAAACCAGUUAUCGCAAACUGGAGACACUCAUGGUGGAUAUAUUUUUCGCCGGCCCCAUUGACCUGACUCAGAGGCUGCUGGCAGAAUACAAUAAGGGUCAUCCUAUUUAUUAUUAUAGAUUAUCCUAUCAGACGAAAUACUCUUGGCACAAAGUCGAGCACAACCCGUUGAACGGAACCGCGCACUUCGACGAUGUUGGAUACAUAUUCAAUUCAAAGGAGCUUCACGCACCUACAAGCCCGAGAAAUAGAUUCAAUCGGUUCAGAAAGAGGAUGGUCAACAUGUGGGCCAAUUUCGCCAAAUACGGGAAUCCUACUCCAAAGGAUAAAAAUCGCAUGGUCAAUUGGAUAGACUCUAGCAAAGAUGGUCUUCAAUUAGAUAUCAAUACUGUCCCAAGGAUGCACGAACGUUUCACGGAUAAAAAGGAGGAAGAAUUCCAGAGACUCUAUUACAGGAUACUGCCACUGGUCUCUUCUUGCGUGGAACAGCCUACGAAGUUCUUCGAUUUUGUCUGAUCUAUCCUUUGUUUUUUUUUUUUUUUUUUUUAACGUGACGAUAAUAAUUCGCAAGAGAAUAAAUUCAAACGAUUUCUACAA